AUUUCCUAGUUUCACAGCUUUCAGAGUUUCACAGAGGGAAGACGAUGGGGGUGGAUUACUACAACAUUUUGAAGGUGAACAGAAAUGCAACUGAGGAAGACCUGAAGAAAUCUUACAAGAGAUUGGCCAUGAGGUGGCACCCAGACAAGAACCCAGACCUCAAAAAGAGAGAAGCCGAAGCUAAGUUCAAGCAGAUCUCCGAGGCUUAUGAUGUCCUCAGCGACCCUCAGAAGCGGCAGAUCUACGAUACCUAUGGUGAAGAAGCCCUCAAAGACAAUAUCCCUCCUCCUCCUUCUGGCGUUUCUACCCACUACCGGUACCAUCCUCGUGAUGCCGAUGACAUCUUCGCCGAGUUCUUCGGUGGUUCUGACGGCAUUGGUGGCGGCCGUAGUCGAGCAUUUGGGGAGAGUUUUAGUAAGCAUUUUCAUUCGGAUUCUGCCGGUCAACCCCAUCGCAAGAUUCCGCCAGUCGAAAAAAAUUUACCUACUAGUCUGGAAGAGCUUUACUCUGGUUCCAAACGAAAGAUGAAGAUCUCUAGGACCGUUAUUGAUGCUUACAGUAAGCCAACAACUGUGGAGGAGAUCUUGAUAAUAGAUAUUAAGCCUGGGUGGAAGAAGGGAACAAAGAUAACUUUCCCUAAGAAGGGUAACCAAGAUCCAGGCACCAUUGCAGGAGAUCUCAUUUUCUUGGUUGAUGAGAAACCUCAUGCAGUUUACACAAGGGAUGGGAAUGAUCUGUUGGUCAACCAGAAGAUAUCACUCUUGGAUGCACUCACAGGGAAGACUCUCAACUUGACAACGCUGGAUGGGAGGCACCUUACCAUCCCAGUUAUAAAUAUUGUCAAACCAGGUGAUGAGAUGGUGAUAGAAAAUGAAGGAAUGCCCAUCUCAAAAGAACCUGGGAAGAAGGGAAAUCUGAGAAUAAAAUUUGAUGUCAAAUUCCCUUCUAAGCUCACUGCAGAACAGAAAUCUGAUCUGAGGAGGGCGUUGGGACGGAGCUGACUAUGAAUUGGGAGAACUUUUUGUAUCUCUUUCCUCGAUGAAUAGCAUGAACUCAGACUCUACAAGUGACUUUUAACAUGCAGAUGGAAAUGGCAUUUGGUUGUAAAUAUGUUAUAUUUCACUGGGAAAGGGGAAGCUGUGAAUAGUAGGUAGUAGAGUUGUUUGGGGAUGGUGGUGGGUAUUGAAAUUUGGU